AUGAUGAAACUGGCUGAGUUGGAGAUGCCUGUGACGCCUGACUAUGCUGCCGUACCUGCCGUACCUGCCGCUAGUGUUGCUGGCCCAGCCGCUCGCGCCGCUCCUACGAGGCGCGCGGUGCAUGACGCUCCUACUGAUGUUGCUGCUGGUGCUGGUCCUGCUGGUGCUGGUCCUGCUGUUGAUGUUCCUGCCGCUCCUGCCGUCCAUGGCUUAGCUGUAAUUAAUUUCAGUUGCUACACUGUCCACAGGAAGCUCAAUGUCUGUUCCCCGAAGGAGACCCCCGCCCCCUGGCAGGAGGGUUUGAGUCAUCCGUUAGAGCGACUAUCGUCUAUGUAUGACAAUGCCGAAUUAUCCGAUCUCACCAUCACCUUUCCCAAUGACGAGUUAUCUCUGAAGGUACAUCGACUCAUACUAGCCAUGAGCUCACCAGUAUUUGAAGCAAUGUUCUAUGGUCCCAUGGCAGAAAAAGGAUGACUACUUCCAGAAGAUCCACCAGAGGCGUUUACAUUCCUUAUGGGAUACAUUUACAAAGGGAAUGCAUCUCUGCCAGACGUUGAGAUGGCAGUCAUGGUGUACAAGCUUGCAAGUAAAUACCAGAUGAGUUCCCUUCAAUCUGUUUGCUCUAAGUACCUACAGUCACAUGUAGACCUGAAGAACUUGGCCUUGGUGUAUGAAAUGUCGUUUCUCUAUGAUGACUCGAAGCUGAAACAGAAGUGCAGGAAAGUUGUGAGUGAGUCGCACGAGAUCCUGUCUUCACCAGACGUUGGCCAACUCUCAGUGCAGUGCAUGGAGGAUCUUCUGCAGCAGAAGCUGCCUGUCCAAUCAGAAGUUGCUGUUUUUGAAGGACUCUUGCAAUGGGGAACAUUACAAUCUGAAAACUCCUCAACAUCCGCUAAGUGUCCCAAAGGCCUUCGUCAGGAGAUUGAAAUGUUGUUGCCGCACAUCCGGUUCCUGACAAUGACUCUGGAUGACAUCGUGGAACACGUGAUGCCGUCAGGGGUAUUGACACCAGAAGAGAGCACUGCCAUCAUGAUGAACAUCAAGAGCGUGGGAAAUAUCUCUCUGCCUGCCUUUUGCAGCCCCAGCAGAGACACGAGGGUCUCCUACAGUCAACUUCACCAUAUCUUUCUUAGAAUGGGGACCAAUGUUUUUGAAGAACCUACCAUUAUUAAUCCUGAAUGGGCUCCAGAGAAGGUUGAUUUUGGGUUGUUUAAGAAUGAAACUUCCAUUGGCAAAAUGGUCUUUAUGAGAAACGCUCUUCUAUGUGCACACUUCUAAGUGAGGUGAAAGUUAGCAAGGAUAUUCUUGUGGGUUGCAUUGAAAUCACUAAUCUGAAAAUGAGUCGCAGGCAUGUGUAUCGUGGUAACUGUAUUAUUACUAUGCUUAAUGAUGUGACUUUAGAGAUACAAAACUCUUCCGGAAAUAUACUGAGACAAAUGUCUGUAGCAGCAAGACACGCUGGAAGUACUAUCAGUAUUUCUGUCCCUUUGGAAAAACCUUUGCUAUUGUCUCCCAGCAAUAUUUACUCAAUUUCUUCGUCGUUACCAUCGAACAAUGAACAAGGAAAUAAUAACGUUUCUCUCACAUAUGGAAAUUUGAACAUAAAUGGAGUUCUGUCGGGUGACGCAGGCUUAUCAUUAGCUUUUUGGUGUUCUAGUAACUUAUUCUAGUUUUCAGCAAGGCCUUAGUAUCUGUUUUAAAGGUCGUCAAUAAACUUUAUCCGUAGGCACUCCUGAUUGUCUAAUGAUAAGCCAACCACAGGGCUGGAAACUCCCAGUCUCUCUCGAGAGUUCACAUAGGCAAGAUGUAUCCCUCAGGAGCGGUGAAAUGUAGAUCCUACCCUUGUGACCUCUCUCGAGAGACUGAGCGUUUCCAGCCCUGUGAUUGGCUUACCAACAGCCAAUCAGGAGCGUCGUAAGGGACGGGCCUAGACAUCAUGUGCACGGCUGAUGUGAAUCUACUAUAGUCGUUUUUAUCGUGUAAUCCCAGCAAAAAUUCAAAUAAAUAUUAUCUGCAGACCUUGUCAAUUCUCCGCCCUCUAACAUUGAUGGACUCCUUUUCCUGACGACCGCUCACUAUUUCCAUUCACCACUGGUUCCUUCUUGCUUCCCUUUCCCUCAUCAAAACAAAGAUUUCACCAGCACACUUAUUGGAAGAUGUUGACAAGUUGGGUAUAUCCGAAACGCUGCUUUCCCAUGCAAUGCUUUUUAAACUAUUGAACCAUCACAGCUAUUCCUCUUGAUUUCCUCAGCUGUAUUGUACCGUGUGUGUGUGUGUGUAUAAUAUAUGUAUAUAUAUUCAUUCAUAUUGCACCUUUCAAAUGAACACGCAAAUAAUAAUC